CGCCGAGCGCUCCAGGAGGAGAGAGGCGAGAGCGGAGCCUGCCAGCCCAGCCGACUGACGGAGCGGCACCGGCGCCGCGCCGCGCUCUCCGGGCCUGGACCAGGCGCCGCGCGGGAGGAGCAACGGCAACAACUUCUUGAUUCGCUGCUCAAGAUGGGGAGGAGAAGGUGGCAAGAGAGCCCCCCCCACAGGCGAGGUGAUAAACCCUCCUGGGAAGCUUCAAGUUCUGGAGGCAGAGAAGUUGGCAGGGCGGGCCCACAGCAAGGCCAAGCCCAGGAUGAGCUCCUCCUCGCUGCUGGGGGAGAACUCCCUCGAGCCCCCGGUGCUGCUGAGCGACAUCAAGACGGAGCCCCCCGAAGAACUGCUGGCCACUGACUGCAACCAGCCGCAGGCCGAGCCAGUGGACCUGUCUCUCCACAAGCCCAAGGGCUCCCUACAGUCUCCCCCCAUCCGCUCGGUGCCCAUGCCGGCUGCACCCCCGGCCCCCGUGGUUUCCAUGUCCCCCGUCGGACUGGGCUCCUCUUCGGCCAUCCCUGCCGUGCUCUCGCCCGGCUCCAUCCUGGCGUCCACUCAGGGCAGUGGCGGGCAGCAGAUCUUGCACGUCAUUCACACCAUCCCUUCGGUCAACCUGCCCAGCAAGAUGGGCAACCUGCAGACUAUCCCAGUGGUGGUGCAGUCCCUGCCUGUGGUCUACACCACCAUGCCCAGCGACGGCGUCACAGCCGCCAUCACAGUGCCACUGAUCGGAGGAGACGGCAAGAAUGCUGGAUCUGUGAAAGUUGACCCCAGUUCCAUGUGUCCCGUGGAGAUCCAGACCGACAGCGAGGACAGUGCCUCGGAGAGCGGGCCGGCCUCCUUCCCUGACCCACAGAAAGAGCCCUCAGGGGGCAGACUGCCCCGAACGGAGUCACCCGACCUGAAGAAGAGGCGGAUCCACCAGUGCGACUUUGAGGGCUGCAACAAGGUUUACACCAAGAGCUCCCACUUGAAAGCCCACCGGAGGAUACACACUGGAGAGAAGCCCUACAGGUGCACCUGGGAGGGCUGCACUUGGAAGUUCGCUCGCUCCGACGAGCUAACUAGGCAUUUCCGCAAGCACACGGGCAUCAAGCCCUUCCGCUGCUCGGACUGUGACCGCAGCUUUUCGCGCUCCGACCACCUGGCUCUGCACCGCCGGAGGCACAUCAUGAUGUGAGCAGGGCAGGGGGUGCGCAGCCCAUGUCCCACCAGCCCCUGAAGCGGCUUCCCUGGUCAGCUGGUCCCUGUGGGGCCUCGGCUGGCAGGCAAGAGCCACCGACCGACCCAGCAACUUGCCCAGAAAAAGCCUUUGUGCCAUCUGCGCCCCCUGAGAUUGGUCUUCGGCCUCUGUGGCUGGGAAGCUUCAGGGUCUCGGGAAAAUCUGGAGCCAAGCAAGGAACAUGGGUGGGUUUGCGGGAAGAGACGGAUCAUCACGCAGAGGGGCUUCUGCAGUGGACCCAGGCCAGGAAACUGCCAAAUGUGGGUUCCUUGGGGAAGUGCGUGCCAAGCCCAAGCAAGGGGAUCUUCUCUAUGGGGCCGGACACUUCCAAGGCCUCGCUCUGCACUUCUUGCUCACAGCACAAGAACAGAAAUCGCACCAUGCCAGGAAGUACUGUGUGGGGGCUGG